CUCGGCGCAUUUGCAGCUAAUUUGUAUAUACAGUGUACAUAGAGAUGAGCACACAAACUCGUUCAGGUGGCGGAGGAGGUGGAGGCAAUCGCACUCAGAAAAAAUCAAAUUCCGGCAAUUCUGGUGGCAGUGGUAACCACCAUCAUGAUGCAGCUGGCUCACAUCAAACCGCCGCUGCUACCGAGAAGAAACAGCAGCAGACAGAGAAACCAGAGAAGGCACAACCGAAGGCCACCACGGAACAGUUGCGUAUUGCCCAGAUAACCAAUAGCACAACAGAGGACCCUCAGAUCAAUGAGAAAGUAACCCUAUUGCUGACCAUGACUCAACGUUCCGAAGAAGAAGUUUGUUGCGCCCUCAAUGAGUGUGACUACGAUUUGGAGGCAGCAGCAAAUUUUUUGAUCGAAAUUCUGCCACAGGGUGCUUUCGCAAAGUACGAGAAAAAACGCAAGAAUAAGGCUUCAAAUGCCUCUGGAACCGAUGGUACUGUAGGUGAUGGUGAUUGGGCGGAUGGCAAUGCAAAUGCUGCCGAUAGGCGAGAGAAAUCGCGUAAUCGCAGUGCCAAUCGUGGAGGACGCGGAGGUACUGAUAGUCGAGGCUGGCGCGGCAGAGAGGCACGUGAGAAUGAUCGCAAUAACCGUGAAUCUCGCGGAGGUGGUAAUACCGGGGAACGGAUUGAUGAACGUACCAACGACAAUUAUCGCGGCCAGCGAAAUGGAGGCAGAAGUGGACUCGGUGGCGGAGGACGAGGUGGUGGCUACGUCUCACGAUCGGGUCGAGGAGGUGGUCGCAUGGGCGUACGUAGUGGUGGACCACGAGGUGAACGCAGCGGUGGCAGCGGAGGAGGCUAUGGUGUUGGUAGCGGCGGACGGAGCGGUGGUAUUUCUAACGAAGAUCACCAUGAAGUGGAACUGUGGGACAAUACCAUUGCCCAAAAUGCUGAAAAGCAGCAGCAGUCGCAUGAUGAUGCAUGGGGUGAUUGGAAUAACGAGGAGUACGAGGGUUCACUAAAGGACAGUAAAGUGUUUACUACCAGUAAUCUGGUCACACAGACAACGGGUAGUGUGGUUAGUGGCGAAUUGUCGGCUCCUCCAGGCCUGGAGUCUUCUAGUGCUUUGGAGGACGGUAGUGGGCCUUCAGCAGUGCAACCGACGUCAGCACUAUCGGGAUCAACAACAACGCCGCUAUUGCAAUAUAGCGCAGCUGUGAGCAAUCCACCGCCCCAACUGCAACCAAACCAGAGUACGCAGAACUCCAGCAGCGCUGCUGGUGUGGCAGCCAGUACCAGCUCCUCGUCUUCGCCGUUCGUUUCAACCGCCUCAGAUACAUUCUCAAGCGCUGCAUCGGCGGCAGCAACUUUGGUGCAGCAGGCUCAGCUUCAGCAGCAACAACAGCAUCAGCAGGCAACGCCUAUCAAGCCGUCAGCAACGCUGUCGGUGGAACAAUCUCAGUAUUUCAAUUCUCUAUCCUCUCAAGGCGGCAGUCCUGGGGCUUCAGUUGCCCAAAAUGCCGCGUAUGCGAAUGUGUUUGCCUCGGCUCCCGGCACAGCUCAAGAUCCCAACCAGCAACAGCCGCAGGUACGACGGGCUCGCGUUAAAUUGCCGCCGCCUUCCAAGAUACCAUCGAGCGCUGUGGAAAUGCCUGGCGAUAAUGCUCUUAAUAACAUUGGAUAUCUUGAUGUGCAGUUUGGAGGUCUGGAUUUUGGUCCAGACGACAGUUUCGAUGCUAUUCCAGAGAAGUUUAGCGGUGUAGCUGUUGGGGGUGUUGGCGGUAUUGAGAGCCAACAGCAACCAGUGCAAGUGGAUGACUAUCAAAGCAAAUCCCAGCAGCAGCAGUCGGCUCUGGCAGCAGGACUGCAAACUUCCCAGAUAUUACAGGGAGAUGCCUUAAGUUCGGCAGGUUAUGCAACGCGUGCUUCUUCACAGCAGCAGCAAAGUUCCGGGUCAUCUGUGAAUUCCGGCUCAAGUGCUUUAGAUCAACUGACAAAGAAUGAUCCAUAUGGACAGGUGACCGGUGGAAAUGGCGGUGCUGUCGCUGCUGCCGCCGCUGUGUAUCAAAAUGUCUAUCAAGCCAGUUCGGUCAAUAAGGCAAACAAUGCUUAUCAGAGUGCUGCUCAAGGUGUGGGCUACAACAGUUCUAGCUACACGAAUGUCCAAUCUUCGGUGGCGAACAGCUAUCAGCCUCAGGGAUACGCCUCCUAUCAGCCAAAUGCGGUCAAUUCCUAUCAGCAACAGCAGCAACAACAGACUAGCUCUGGAGGCACUGUAUCGGUCAGCGGUGUAGCUGGCAGCGGCGGAUCUGCAACACAAAACAUUCCGGUCGGUGUCGGCAGUGGCAACCAAAAUAACUCCAGCGCUAAUGCGAAUUCCGCAUAUCUCACAUCGGGCUAUUCUACACCACAAAGUGCUUACCAAUCUAGCCAGAGUGUCUAUGGCAGCGCUGGCCUCUCCAAUAGCAGCGGGUUUGCUGGCAGCGCAAGCAACUCGUCGUCACAGUAUGGCAAUUUUAGUGCAAGCGCCAAGCUUAAAGAUGCCACGACAGCCGGCGGUGGGACACAUUACGACAGUGUUUCGACCAGCAGCGGUGUUAGUAGCAGCAGUGGAAGCACUGGCAACGGAGCUGGAGGAAUCGCUAGCAGCACAACGGGGGCCAACCAAGCGGUAGUGUCAAACACCAACAAUAAUGUCAGUGGUAGCAGCACGACCAGUAGUGUUGCGGCAGGUGGUAAUAACAGCCAGGUUGGCGUCGGUGUUAGCCAAAGUGGCGUUGCCAGCUCCAUGACAGGUGUAAGUACCGGAGUUGUAGGUGUGACAGGAAGUUCUACUGUUGGCGUAGGCGUUGGAGUUGGCAGCAACAACAAUACCAACAGCUCGGCUGUUGCACAAACAUCUGCCGGGAGCGUAGCAGUGCUUGCCUCCCUUACCAACAAGAACAGCAGCAGCAGUAACAGCAGUGGCAGCGGCUCGGGCGUCACAACAGCGGGCAGCGCUGGUGGAGGCGGCGGUAAUAGCGGCGCUGGAACUGGUGCUGGUAGUGGUGGUGGAAGCGGCGGCGGCUUAGUGCCCACCAACAUCCAAAUGGUUAGUCAAUAUAUUCAGACUGGAUUGCCAUGCUAUCAGCAUCCAGUUUAUUCCUACGAGGAAUUACAAAUGAUGCAACAGAGAGUGCCACAUGUGCAAGGAUAUUACGAUUUGAACUACACACCAACUAGCUUGGGCGCUGGUCGUGAUAAUAUAGGUUCAGUGGCAUACUCAACCAUGACUGAUGGACGCUUCGCGCGCACCGACAAUAACUCCAGUCCUGUUAGCAAUGUGAGUUUGGUGUCUAGCACAAUGUCGCAACAAGCGGGGUCCAGUGCGCCCAUGCUGAAUGUUCCUUAUGCCUAUUUUUAUGGUGGCAAUGUAAUGCCCGGUGGUUUUCAAUAUGGCACUCCUGCCAUUUAUCCACAACAAAUACCAGCAGCAAAUACUGCGUCGGGUGGACAAUUCCCGAAACCUUCGUAUAGCGCUGGUUACGGGUCGACUAACUACGAUACACUCUCCCAGAACACACAGGACUAUAGCAAAGGCGGCUACUCUUCAAGCGUCAAUCAGCAAAGUAAGACUCAAGCCGUUUCUAAUCAACCGCAAUCGGGUACUGGUUCUGAUCUGACUUCGUCAAUGUACGGCAAGGGACAUGUGGCGCUAAACAAAGUUAAUUCAUAUGAAAAGCAGAGUUUCCAUUCGGGUACACCUCCACCAUUUAAUAUGGCAAACACACAAACUGCCGGAGGCACUUCGGCCCAACCAUAUGGCAUGUAUCUGCCAAUGCCAGCCGCUGGGCAUCAUAACAUGAUACAUCAGCCCAUACACCAGAUGGACGGCAGGAUUCAUAGCUCAUCCCGCCGGGAUUCGAACAGCGCUGGCCAGCGCCAACAGUCAAGCAGCCAAUCGAAGUCAGCCGGCAAGCAAGGCUAUUCACCCUCGUACUGGACCGGACAGAACUAGCUUCCGGAGAAUACAAUUUGGCGUCCCCUGCAGAUAACAUUGCAGCCAAGUGGCGCAAGUCGAGCUAGCGAAUUUUAUAGCAUUCGCCCUACAAACACCACCACAUCCACGCCCAUUAACUUUUUUAACAAGAAAUCGUUGCCUAUAACUCAUACAACCACUACAAUUACAACAACCUCAGCAGCUGUCAAUGCUCCAAGAACAACGACUAUAACAACAGAAGCAAUAACAAAUGUAGCCACAGCCAGAAACACCACAACAACAGCAACAGCUUCAGCUUCAGCAGCAACUGCUGUACCAAGCACACCCAAUCAGUUAUUGAUGCUCGUUAAGAAGCAAACACGUAAUGUUGAGACCGAUGAGGAGCAGCAUUCAUCGGACGAUGAUUAUCUAAUGUACGAGGAUAAGAGAUCAUAUUUUACUUAAUAAGAGAAUGAACAAUAGAAUGAAAAAGAUGUUUUUACGACAAACUUGCAAUGCGCCAGCACCAGCUCUUUCCGACACUCCCGCUUCUUCGAACAUAAAUAUAACUAUAUAUGAAUAUAGUUAUAUAUAUAAAAUUUAUAGGAAAUAUAUGCGCAUAUACACAUGGCAAACUUUUUUGAGAAAUUCUAAAUUCUCAGAAUUUUUCGGUCUCCCACACACACACUUACACAAACAUACAGCAACAUCCACAUAAAUAUACCAAUUACCAUUUCAUACAAAUAAAAUUACAAAGAUUAAAGGCGUAAAACGAUUUAAACAAAAGAUGAAACAAAAAUAACAGAUUUAAGUCAAAAGUAAAUUAAAAAUUAUAUAUAUAUAUUAAAAACGAAAAACAAAUACAAAACGUAACGUGAAUGAGAAAAAAAAAACAAAAUUAAUUAUUGUAAUCGGUUUAAACUUAUAUGUAUAAUUAUAACCUUAAUAUUUAAACUAAAUACAAGAAAAGAAGAUACGAUUAAAUCCAAACAAAAUGCAAGAAAA